AGUAGCCUGGCCGCCGCCGCCGCAGCCCCGUCCUGGUGCAGUCCGCGUCGUCGUUCUUCCCGAUCCCCUCGGCACCCCUAACCCCGCCCUCCGGCUUCACCGGCGACAGGUAGCCCCGCCGCCGCGCACCUGCCUUCGCUGCAGCACCGACCACCCACAGGAGCUGCUGCUGAAGGAGGGGAAGACUGGCCUCUCAGCUCAGGACCACAGGCUUCUGUUAACAGAGCAGCUGCACUGUGUCUGGAUACACUGCUGCGGAAGGCUAUAGUGGAUAGCCCCCUUCAAAAAUGGAGGAUGGAAAGCCCGUUUGGGCACCACACCCUACCGAUGGAUUUCAGAUGGGCAAUAUUGUGGAUAUUGGCCCUGACAGCUUAACAAUUGAACCCUUGAACCAAAGGGGCAAGACAUUUUUGGCUCUCAUAAACCAAGUGUUCCCUGCAGAAGAGGACAGUAAAAAAGAUGUGGAAGAUAACUGUUCACUAAUGUACUUAAAUGAAGCCACACUCCUCCAUAAUAUCAAAGUUCGAUACAGUAAAGACAGAAUUUAUACAUAUGUCGCCAACAUUCUGAUUGCAGUGAAUCCAUACUUUGACAUACCUAAAAUAUAUUCCUCAGAAACAAUAAAGUCCUAUCAAGGAAAAUCUCUUGGGACAAUGCCACCUCAUGUCUUCGCAAUAGCUGAUAAAGCUUUUCGAGACAUGAAGGUGCUCAAGAUGAGUCAGUCCAUCAUUGUAUCUGGAGAAUCAGGAGCUGGCAAAACAGAGAAUACGAAAUUCGUUCUUCGAUACCUGACUGAAUCCUAUGGAACAGGUCAAGAUAUUGAUGAUAGAAUUGUUGAAGCUAAUCCCCUCUUAGAAGCCUUUGGGAAUGCAAAGACUGUUCGCAAUAAUAAUAGCAGUCGAUUUGGAAAAUUUGUAGAAAUACAUUUCAAUGAAAAGAGUUCUGUUGUUGGAGGAUUUGUUUCACAUUAUCUUCUAGAGAAAUCUAGGAUCUGUGUUCAAGGCAAAGAGGAAAGGAAUUAUCAUAUUUUUUAUAGGUUAUGUGCUGGUGCUUCUGAAGAUAUUAGGGAAACACUUCAUUUGAGCUCCCCAGAUAAUUUUCGGUAUUUAAACAGAGGCUGCACUAGAUACUUUGCUAACAAAGAAACUGACAAACAGAUUUUACAGAACCGCAAAAGUCCUGAGUGUCUCAAGGCAGGUUCUUUAAAAGAUCCUCUGUUAGAUGACCAUGGAGAUUUUAUUAGAAUGUGCACAGCCAUGAAAAAAAUUGGUUUGGAUGAUGAAGAAAAGCUUGAUCUAUUCCGGGUAGUAGCUGGUGUCCUGCACCUUGGAAAUAUUGAUUUUGAGGAAGCUGGCAGCACUUCAGGUGGUUGUAAUCUGAAGAAUAAAUCUACUCAGUCAUUGGAAUAUUGUGCUGAAUUACUGGGUUUGGACCAAGAUGAUCUUCGUGUAAGUUUAACCACAAGAGUCAUGCUUACAACAGCAGGGGGCACCAAAGGAACAGUUAUAAAGGUACCCCUGAAAGUGGAGCAGGCAAACAAUGCUCGUGAUGCCUUGGCCAAGACUGUGUACAGCCAUCUGUUUGACCAUGUAGUAAACAGAGUAAAUCAGUGUUUUCCCUUUGAAACAUCGUCUUAUUUUAUUGGUGUCCUAGAUAUCGCUGGUUUUGAGUACUUUGAACAUAACAGUUUUGAACAGUUUUGCAUCAACUAUUGCAAUGAAAAACUUCAACAAUUUUUUAAUGAAAGGAUUCUAAAGGAGGAACAAGAACUCUAUCAAAAAGAAGGUUUAGGUGUUAAUGAAGUGCAUUAUGUGGAUAAUCAGGAUUGUAUAGAUUUAAUUGAAUCAAAACUGGUGGGAAUCCUGGAUAUUUUGGAUGAAGAAAAUCGCCUUCCUCAGCCGAGUGAUCAGCACUUUACCUCUGCAGUUCACCAGAAGCACAAGGAUCAUUUCCGACUUACUAUUCCCAGGAAGUCCAAGCUCGCGAUUCAUAGGAACAUCAGAGAUGAUGAAGGCUUCAUCAUCAGACAUUUUGCAGGGGCUGUGUGCUAUGAAACAACCCAGUUUGUGGAGAAAAAUAAUGAUGCUUUACACAUGUCUCUCGAAUCCUUAAUAUGUGAAUCCAGGGAUAAGUUUAUACGGGAAUUAUUUGAAUCAUCGACAAAUAACAAUAAAGAUACUAAACAAAAAGCAGGAAAACUUAGCUUCAUCAGUGUGGGAAACAAGUUUAAGACACAGUUAAAUUUGCUUCUGGAUAAACUUCGAAGUACUGGAGCAAGCUUUAUUCGGUGCAUCAAACCCAAUUUAAAGAUGACAAGCCACCACUUUGAAGGUGCUCAAAUUCUGUCUCAGCUUCAGUGUUCAGGUAUGGUGUCUGUUUUGGACUUGAUGCAGGGUGGCUUCCCAUCACGAGCUUCAUUUCAUGAACUCUACAACAUGUAUAAAAAAUACAUGCCAGACAAACUUGCACGACUGGAUCCCAGACUGUUUUGUAAGGCUCUUUUUAAAGCCUUGGGCUUAAAUGAAGUUGACUACAAGUUUGGGUUAACAAAAGUAUUUUUUAGACCUGGCAAGUUUGCAGAAUUUGAUCAGAUUAUGAAGUCUGACCCGGACCACUUGGCAGAGUUGGUUAAAAGAGUCAAUCACUGGCUAAUCUGCAGUCGCUGGAAGAAAGUUCAGUGGUGCUCGCUGUCAGUCAUCAAAUUGAAAAACAAAAUAAAAUAUCGAGCUGAAGCCUGUAUAAAAAUGCAAAAAACUAUUCGAAUGUGGCUUUGCAAAAGGAGACACAAACCUCGUAUUGAUGGCCUGGUUAAGGUGGGCACACUGAAAAAACGACUUGAUAAGUUUAACGAAGUAGUAAGUGCAUUGAAGGAUGGAAAACUGGAGAUGAACAAACAGAUCAAAGAUCUUGAAAUUUCUAUUGAUGCUUUGAUGACCAAAAUUAAGUCUACUAUGAUGACAAGGCAGCAAAUACAGAAAGAAUAUGAUGCCCUAGUGAAAAGCUCAGAGGAACUCCUCAGUGCGUUACAGAAAAAAAAACAGCAGGAAGAGGAAGCAGAAAGGCUGAGGCGCAUUCAAGAAGAAAUGGAAAAAGAAAGAAAAAGACGUGAAGAAGAUGAGCAGCGUCGAAGAAAAGAGGAGGAGGAAAGGCGAAUGAAGCUUGAGAUGGAAGCAAAGAGAAAGCAAGAAGAAGAAGAGAGAAAGAAAAGGGAAGAUGAUGAGAAACGUAUCCAGGCUGAAGUGGAGGAACAGCUGGCCAGGCAGCGGGAGGAGGAAUCCCAGCAACAAGCAGUUCUGGAACAGGAGCGCAGGGACCGGGAGCUGGCCCUGCGGAUAGCCCAGAGCGAAGCUGAGCUCAUCAGCGACGAGGCCCAGGGCGACCUAGCGCUUCGGAGCUUGGAUUCCUAUCCGGUAACUUCUAAAAAUGAUGGCACAAGACCAAAAAUGACACCGGAACAAAUGGCCAAAGAAAUGUCAGAAAUUUUGAGUAGAGGCCCUGCUGUCCAAGCCACCAAGGCUGCUGCUGGUACCAAGAAACAUGAUCUUAGUAAGUGGAAAUAUGCAGAACUACGAGAUACUAUCAACACUUCUUGUGAUAUUGAGCUCUUGGCAGCUUGCAGAGAAGAAUUUCACAGGAGACUAAAAGUGUAUCAUGCUUGGAAAUCUAAGAACAAGAAGAGAAAUACUGAAACAGAGCAGCGUGCUCCAAAGUCUGUUACUGAUUAUGAUUUUGCACCAUUUUUGAACAAUUCACCUCAGCAGAACCCAGCAGCUCAGCUUCCUGCCAGGCAGCAGGAGAUUGAAAUGAACCGACAGCAGCGCUUCUUCCGCAUCCCGUUCAUCCGCCCUGCUGACCAGUACAAAGACCCCCAGAGUAAGAAGAAAGGCUGGUGGUAUGCCCAUUUCGAUGGACCCUGGAUUGCCAGGCAAAUGGAACUGCAUCCUGACAAGCCACCCAUCCUUCUUGUGGCUGGUAAAGAUGACAUGGAGAUGUGUGAGCUGAAUCUUGAAGAGACCGGCCUGACUCGAAAGCGUGGGGCUGAGAUUUUGCCAAGACAGUUUGAAGAAAUCUGGGAACGCUGUGGAGGCAUCCAGUACCUUCAGAACGCGAUUGAGAGCAGACAGGCCAGGCCCACGUAUGCGACAGCUAUGCUACAGAAUCUGUUGAAGUAGAUGCUGCACGCUCCCCUGACAACUGGGAGCCCUUGCCACAGUCCUGGGUGGGGUGUGUGCCCGAAAGAUGUAACCCUUUCACGAUCAUGUUAGAAUACUUAAACAAAGUGAACAGAUUUUAUUAAUCAUUGCCUUUUUGUUAAUUUGUUUUAGGUUAAUUAAGAUUGUGAUAGUGAAUUUUGGACUUAAAAAUCAUUUUCCUGUAUGCAGCUAUGAGUCUUAGGCAUCUCAUUAUUCUAAUACUUGUUACACUUGGACAGAUUCUGACAUUUCUCUUCUUUUGCCAACAGCCUCCUCUAAGUCCAUCCUAACUAUUCUUUAGGAAAAGAGAUUUUUUUUUUUUUAAUGUAAGGUACUUGCUUUUUAAGGAUGGCACAGUACCAUAUAACUGGAAUAAUGAAACCUUAGCUUAAAUUUCUGACAAGAAUUAAGGCGCUUAAAAUGAUCAAGGCACUAAUGUUUCUGCUCUUAAAAGCUAUCUAUUUUUCUUUACUAACUUUUUCAAAAAUUAAUGAAGAUUCUGACUUUUUUUCCUCUCUUUUGCAUUAUGUCUUGGUUUUUGUGAAUCUCUCCUACCUAAGUUCUAGAAUUCUAGAAAAGCCUUUAUGUAUCAGAUACCUGAGUGUUAGGUGAUAAAGGAGGUAUUAAUGGUAUCCCACCCAGAUUUGUGUUUCUUCUUGUGCUUUUUAUAUUCCAUGGACAAAUCAAAGAAAUUCAGAUUGUUUAAAUGUGUAAAAAUUUUGAGAUAUAUUUUGUAUCUCAAAAAGAAAAGGAAAAUAGGUUUUAGGUGGCACUGUGGCAUAACUGGACUAACUGAAUUAAAAUAGUCUCUUCAUUAGAAUUUUUGUAUCAGAAUCUUGUCCAAGAUGUUUCAUACAAUUUAAGUUGGUGUUCUGCUUCAGA